AUGGAGAACGCCUUUCAAGUGAAUAGCUUGAAGGCCACGGUAUACCAUGGAGGACGCAUAUUGCUUCUCCUGCCAACUCAGGAAGAAAAUCUGGACGACACCAGGAAAGACUGGAAUGCAUUCACCUUGGAGAUCUGGGAGCUUAUCAUAGAUAAGCUACUCAUGUUCGAGCAUAUGCAGAUGCUAGGAAGUGUGGUAAUGUUGUAG